GGCUUGAGGCGCUGUGCGCUCGUGCUUGUGGCGUCAAUGCAGUCGGCAGUGUCCAUGGAGAGAGGCUGAGGAGGUUGAGUUCCGGCCCGAGGCAAGGACGGCGCCGGACGGCGAGAAUGUCGGCUUCGUUAGUCCGGGCCACCGUCCGAGCUGUGAGCAAAAGGAAGCUGCAGCCCACCCGGGCCGCCCUCACUCUGACACCUUCAGCAGUAAACAAGAUAAAACAACUUAUUAAAGAUAAGCCUGAACAUGUGGGUGUGAAAGUAGGUGUCCGAACCAGGGGUUGUAAUGGCCUUUCUUACACUCUGGAAUAUACAAAGACAAAAGGAGAUUCUGAUGAAGAAGUUGUUCAGGAUGGAGUCAGAGUGUUCAUCGAAAAGAAAGCACAGCUAACACUUUUAGGAACAGAAAUGGACUAUGUUGAAGAUAAAUUAUCCAGUGAGUUUGUUUUCAAUAAUCCAAACAUCAAAGGAACGUGUGGCUGUGGAGAAAGCUUUAAUAUUUGACCCCUUGGGAUGUAUACCACUCCAGCUGUAACCUCACGGAAAUCCUAGGGCUUGCUGGAGAAAUCAUGUGACUGUCACGUGCUUAAGGUUUAUAACGUACAGAUGCCUUAUGAGGAAAAUAAAGUGAUGCAUUUGGGAAAUGAAA